GUCAUAUCGUUUCUAUCGUCUUGAAGCCGAUACAGUGACAGUUUUUCAGCUGCUACUUCCUCGCGUUACUCAUGUUGCUGUCAUCUGUGACAGUUCUUCAACCGCCAUGAAGCGCUUCCGACCGCUGGCGGCAAAGGGGGGGCCACCACCGGCUUCCCAGGAGACACAGGCCCCUUCCCGAGCAGCUCCGACCACCAAGCAGCGCCGCUAUCGCCACAAGAAUGAAGAAUGGGAAUUGCGCAGAGCGACUAUCAGCACAUUGUACCACGAUGAAGAUAAGAGCGUGGACGAAAUUGUCGCUAUCCUCGCCCGCGAUGGAUUCAUAGCAAGCCGGCGCCAAUAUCUCAACAAGUUCAAUCUGUGGGGGCUGCAGAAAAACAUCAGGCAGAAUGACAUGAAGAUUCUCGUCGCCAAGGGUGAUGCUCGCAUGGCCCGGAUGGGCAAGAAGACCACCUUCUUUCUCAACGGUCAGCCCCUGGCAGUCGAGUGCCUGGAGCGCUUCAAGAACAGGCAGUUUAUUAGGCAGGGACGCUAAGAUCAAUGUGCCACUCAAAAACAAAGACAACGGCUUUGGAGACUUCUUCGCUCGGCAGACCACUGAGAAUGCCCG